AAAAGAUUAAAAAUUGCGUGAAUUGUUUUGUUUUUUGCAUUUUGUUUAUUUUAGGAUGUUUGUAUUUACUUUUUUAGUCAAAAAUGUCUGAAAUGACCUUUGUGAUCAUGGUUACGACUUAUGUUUACGAUGAAUAUUCGCAUAUUUCGCUAUAUUUACCUGCACGUCAAGGUCCCAAACAUUGAUCAAUGGUCCCAAACUAGUAUUUAGUAAAAAGUUAGACGUUUAAAAUGAAGAAAUUUAAGGACAAACUUGGGAAAGGAUCAUCUUCUCAUGUAGCUUUGAUGGAGUGGACGAAGUAUGAUGAUAAAAUAUUGGAUUAUAUUGUUCAUAGUGAAGAAAAUAAGUUGAGGUUGGCUUUAUUGAGGAAAGGUGUCACACCUUUAAAGAAGAAAUCUGAUGGAAAAACAAUGUUGGAUGUUGCUUGUGAACAUGGUCACGUUGAAUGCCUUGAAGCAUUACUAGAAAGGUGUCUGAUGUUUGUACCAGUCAGUAAAGCAGGUGGCUCAGCACUGCAUACUGCCGCAAAAUCUGGGAGUGCAGAUUCCAUUGUUAAAUUAUUGCAAUAUAAAGUUCGAGUUGGAAGUAUAGAUGCGGACAAGAUGACAGCCUUGCAUCAUUCAGCAAGCAAAGGCCAUGUUGAUUGUGUAAGAAUUCUUAUUCAAAAUGGAGCAAAGUUAAAUUCAAGAGAUAAGGAUGGUAGAACACCAUUGUUGAUUGCUAUUCAGGCUGCUCGGGAAAGUAUUGUACAAAUACUUGUGGAAAAUGGAGCAAGAGUCAAUGUCACUGAUAGUGCACAUAAAACACCAUUAAUGUAUGCGUCUUUGAUUGGUCUGAAAGAUGCUGUUUGUACAUUGUUACAACACGGGGCUAAUCCAUUAUUGAGGGAUAGUAAUGGUCACCAAGCUGAAGAUUUUGCUCGGAUCAGUGGAUAUGGUGAAAUUUGA